UGAGAGUUGUUCUCCUUUCCAAGAAAAAUUAUGUCUCCAACAUAACUAUAGUUCUUGGUGUGUGAGUAAUUGAUUCAACACUGCUGUGUCAGUCUGAAUUUAUAGUAGUGACACUACACACAAGUGCCAGCACCUGCCUACUCCACUGAGUCUUCUAGUGAAGACCAUUCCCAAGCAUUUACAUAGUGACUUUUUAUUUUAUUAUACUUUUAUUUCUUCUUUAUAUCAGAAAUAAGUCAUUCUUUAUGCAUUUUGAAAUUAAGUCUUAGCUAGAUUUUAUUAACUGUGAUUAUUAUUUUGAAGUAGUAAGGGGUGGUAUUACAGAAUAUUUCUUAUCAAAAGGUGCAGGAUGGGCCAGGCAAGGUAGCUCAUGCAUGUAAUCCUAGGAGGAUUCUGGGAGGCUGAGGUGCGUGGAUAGCUUGAGCUCACGAGUUUGAGACCAGCUUGAGGAAAAGCAAGACCCCGUCUCUACUAAAAAUAGAAAAACUGAGGCAAGAUGAUCACUUGAGCCUGAGUUGGAGGUUGCUGUGAGCUAUGAUGCCAUGACACUCCACUCAGGGUGACAGGUUGAGACUGUCUCAAAAAAAAAAAAAAGCUGCAGGACCUAAUAUAGUUGAGGAAAAAAGAUCUACAUACCAUGAGGUGGUUAGUGACAUGGCUCUGGAACUAAAUCAACUUGUUUUUUUGAGACAGAGUCUCACUCUGUCACCCUGGGUAGAGUGCCAUGGUGUCAUCAUAGUUCAUAGCAACCUCAAACUCCUGGGGUCAAGCCAUCCUCUUGCCUCAGCCUCCCAAGUAGUGCCCACCAGGACACCCAGCUAAUUUUUCUGUUUUUAGUAGGGACGGGUCUUGAUCUUGCUGAGGCUGGUCUCAAACUCCUGAGCUCAAGCAAUCCACCAACCUGGGACUCCCAGAGUGCUAGGAUUACGGGUGUGAGCCACUGCACCAGGCUAGAGCUAUAUCACUUGUUUUGUUGCUGUUUACUAUGUAUGUGACUUUGGGCAAGUUAAUUACUAUCAUAUGCAAACUGAGGAUAACAUUCCUACCUCAUAGGGUAGUGUGAAAACAAAUUAUGAUUAAUUAAUAUCUGUAAAGCACUUAGAAUAGGGCUUGGGUGCCAUAUAUUGUGUACCAAUUCCAUUUUAGGUAAGUAAGAUAAAUACAUUCUCUCCAGGAAAACAUCUUAUCCUUGUUCAUGUCUUUGCUUUCCAUUUAUACAUUAUUGUAUAUGAGCCUUGCCUAAAAUAUGCAUAUAUGUGGUAUAUCUCACAAUAGCAUUUGGUAAAGCCUCCAGAGGGGAGGGAAAUCCUUUUAAGUCCGUACUUUCCAAAGUAGUAAGCUUAGUCAUUAUCUUCUCAGUAUGAUAAGGGAGAAGGCUUGAGGAAUAUUUAUGCUCUCGGAACCUCAGGAACCAAAGGAACAAAGACAAAUGGAGAAAAGGUCUUAUUUAAACUUAAGUUUGUGUGGCCUCCAUUUCUCUAUGUAGGACCUUGUUUCUGGUUUUUCCUAAUGGAGUAUGCUAGUAAAAUAAAAAUUAUGGCUCCAGAAGAUUUAAAGCCAAAUACAAUAUGAAACCUGUUUUCAUCUACAAUCAUGACCCACAAAUGUAAAAACCUCCAACCUGAGACCCUUCUUCUACCAUUCCCCACAUCCUGGCUUGACUGCCUAUCAUCUUUCAGUUCUCAGGUAAAGCUUCACAUUUUCAAAGAAAGCUUCUUUGAAUGCAAUCUAUGUUGUGUUUCUUUGUUUUACACUUUCUUAGAACAAUAUUUGGUUCCUUCUGUGCACAUGCCAUAGUUUGUAGUUGCAUACCUCAUAGUUUGCCUUUUAAAAUAAUCCGCCUGGCUGGGCGCAGUGGCUCACGCCUAUACUCCAGUACUUGGGAGGCUGUGGCAGGUGGAUCACCUGAGCUCAUAGGUUUGAGACCAGCCUGAGUCAAAUCAAGACCCCGUCUCUAAAAAUAGCUGGGCGUUGUGGCAGGUACCCGUAGUCCCAGCUACUUGGGAGGCUGAGGCAAGAGGAUUGUUUGAGCCCAGGAGUUUGAGUUUUCUGUGAGCUAUGAUGAUGCCAUAGUACUCUACCCAGGGCAACAGAGUCAGACUUUGUCAUAAAUAAAUAAAUACAUACAUAUUUUUUAAAGUGAUUGGCAUACAGUGCAUUCUAUAUUGUGAUCUAGGACACAUAUGGGGACAUGUCAAACCACUCUAGACAGACUUUCAAGAAAUCAUAUUGGCUGUGUGUGGUGGCUCAUGCCUGUACUCCUAGCACUCUGGGAGGCCAAGGCAGGUGAUUGCUGGAGCUCACGAGUUCGAGACCAGCCUGAGCAAAAGCGAGACUCCCAUCUCUACUAAAAAUAGAAAAACUGAGACAGGAGGAUCACUUGAGCCCAAAUUGGAGGUUGCUAUGAGCUAUGAUGCCACAGCACUCUACCCAGGGCGACAGCUUGAGACUCUGUCUCAAAAAAAGAAAAAAGAAACAAGAAGUCACAUCAUCUUAGCUUCUCUGGAGUUGGAAAUUAGUUACAGAAUUCUUCAACCUUGGUCUUAUUGGCAUUUUAGUUCAGAUACUCAUGUUGUGGGGGCUGCAGGAUGUUUAGUUAAAUCCCUGGCUACUACCUGCUAGGUACUUGUAGUGCACAGUGUGACAAGCAAAAACCAGAUGUUGCUAAAUGUCCGCAGUGGUGAGAGUAGGGACAAAAUUGCCCCAAUUGAGAACAACUGAGUUGUUCAAAGAAAGUCUAAUAAAAAAAAAAAAAUCAGCUAAUCUUAACAGCUGUGCCAAUGUUAGUAAAUAUUACUGUUUUCAUUGCCUUAUGCUGUUGUGAAAAACUAUUCAUAAAGCUGGUAUGAAAGCAUAAUGUGCCAUACACAUAUGUCUAUAUUUUUAAACUCCUGAGAAAAUUGCAUAAUUUUAAACAUUUUAAGUAGAUAGGAUCAUGAAAGAAAAACAAAUAUGGAUAUAAGUGAAUGUACCUCAGGGAUGAUGGGAAAACGCAAGUCACUAGCAUUUAUUCAGUGCCCCCUAUGUUAACAUUUUGUAAAUCCCUUUUGUAAAAAGACCAUUUAGACUGACUACUGCCCCCCCUGCUUUGGACUGGCCUAAAUUUUUUUUUUAUAUGCUCAUUGCUUUUUUUUUUUUUUUUUGAGACAGUCUCACUUUGUCACCCUUGGUAGAGUGCCCUGGCAUCAUACCUCACAGCAACCUCUAACUCUCGGGUUCAAGUGAUUCUCUUGCCUCAGCCUCCUGAGUAGCUGGGACUAUGGGUGUGCCACAAAACCUGGUUAUUUUUAGAGAUGGGGUCUGGCUCUAGCUCUGGCUGGUCUUGAACUCCUGAGCUCAGGCAAUCCACCCACUUCGGCCUCCCAAAGUGCUGGGAUUACAGUGCUCAUUGCUUAAAAAGUAAAUAAAUAAAUAAAAAUAAGAGAGGGAAGGAAGGGGAGACAGACAUAUAGAAAGAAAGAAAAAGAGAGUUUUUUAGAGACAGAGUUUCACUUUGUCACCCUCAGUAGUGCUGUGGCGUCAUAGCUCACAGCAACCUCCAGCUCUUAGGCUUAGGUGAUUCUCUUGCCUCAGCCUCCCAAGUAGCUGGGACUACAGACGCCCGCCACAACGUCCGGCUAUUUUUUGUUGCAGUUUGGCGGGGGCCAGGUUUGAACCAGCCACCCUCGGUGUAUGGGGGCGGCGCCCUAGUCACUGAGCCACAGGUGCCGCCCAAACAGCCAGUCUUCUAAUAUUAUCAGUUAACUUCUUGGUGGACAUACUCUACAACUUCGUUUCUGUUCAUUUAUUCAUUCGUUAACUUAUUCUGUCUCAGAGAAUGAUCGGAACUGGCCCAAGAAAGUUUUGUUUGUUGAUAAUGGGAUACAUUCAAGCAUGUUAUAAAACCAGUUGAAGGACUUAGAAAAAGAAAAUGGGAAGAUCCACAGGGUUAAGGUUUCUUACAAAGUAAACUAGAAUAGAUUUUAAGCACAGAGGAGGGACGAUCUUUGGACGGAAAAAGCGUGGCUUUGUAAGAUAAAAAGAACACACGUGAAUAUAUGCAUCUUACUGUAUCUACACACACACACACUGCUGUAUCUACCUGUAGGUAUGCAUGUACCUUACUGUAUCUAGUUAAGUAUAUGUAUUUUUACUUUACACGCAUCUGUCUACAGAGAGUUUCUUUUUGUGGAACCUGCUUUCGCUUAUUCUACUGCAACCCUUUCCCUCAUGCUGGUAUUCCACCUCCAUCAUUUUUACAGUAUCCUAAUACAUGCCAGUAGUUCAGUUUUUAAAGCCACAUUGCGAUGUUGGAUAGUUCAUCCGUUUACAAUUCGUCACCACCAUCUAUGUUGCGACUUGAUAUCUUAAUAGUGAAAUAUUUUGUAGAUAGCCAGGAUUAUUUCCUGAACAGAAAUUCGUGAAAUCGGAAUUGCUGCGUCAAAGGGUCUGAAAAAUUCGGCGAAGAGAAAUCGCUUUUAAAUCUCACAGCCUACUUUGAGGUACGCAUUGUUUACCUAAGGAAACAGAAGCAAAGAGGUUACUUGACACAAGGUUAAAAACAAUUAGAAGAGCCCGAAUGUAAAGGCCGCGCUGGCUGGUCAGGCUAAGGCUGGCGGAGGCAGAAUUUGGGGUUUAGGCGAUGACCCCCCCGCGGCGUUUCUCGGUGGGGGAGGGGCCGAAGAGCGGGCGGCGGGGAAGGAAACUUGUGUCGCAGCAAAGGAGGAGGCGGAGGGAAGGACUCUGGUCCGGCCGGAGCCACCCUCGGCGAAAAAGGCUGAGCUCGGCAGGCCCCCCAGCCGCUCCGCGGGGCGCCUCGGCAUCUGGGAACUCCAGGGAGCUCCGGCCGGGGGGCGCGCGCGGAACCCGGGGGGUGGCCACCGACCUGCCCGGGCUGUGGGCAGAGUAGCUAGGGCCUCCAUCUUGGGGCUGGUGGCCGUGUCGCCCCCGGAAGGGGUUGCGGAGUGGGCCAUUCACUUCCGGUCUGGGGCCUGCGGCGGCGGCGGUGGCGGCGGUGGCGGUGGCGGCGGCGGCGGCGGGUCGGUGUAGAAAAUGGCGCUGGUGCAGCGGCUCGGGCCUCUCCCCGCGGCGCUGCGGAGGGCUUGAGGCUCGCGAGCCUCCUUCGCCGCGCCCCACUUGCUCGUGCACUUUACACACAUGAGAGAAUUGGAAGCUAAAGCUACCAAAGACGUAGAAAGAAAUCUUGGCAGGGAUUUAGUGCAAGAAGAAGAACAGUUGAUGGAAGAAAAGAAAAAGAAAAAAGACGACAAGAAAAAGAAGGAAGCUGCUCAAAAGAAGGCCACUGAACAAAAAAUCAAAGUGCCAGAACAGGUAAAGCCCAGUGUAAGCCAGCCUCAGCCUGCCAACUCUAAUAACGGCACUUCCACAGCAACCAGCACUAAUAAUAAUGCCAAGCGAGCUACAGCCAACAAUCAGCAGCAGCAGCAGCAGCAGCAGCAGCAGCAGCAGCAGCAGCCACAGCAGCAACAGCCGCAGCAGCAGCAGCAGCCACAGGCUUUGCCUCGGUAUCCCCGUGAAGUACCUCCACGAUUUCGCCACCAGGAACAUAAACAGCUUCUAAAGAGGGGUCAGCAUUUUCCUGUCAUAGCAGCAAACCUGGGAUCUGCUGUUAAAGUGUUAAACAGCCAGUCAGAAAGCAGUGCUUUAACAAAUCAACAGCCACAAAAUAACGGAGAGGUGCAGAACAGCAAAAACCAGUCAGAUAUAAACCACAAUAUUUCAGGAUCCCAUUAUGAAAAUUCCCACGGGGGACCUGUGUCUUCUACAAGUGAUUCUAGCACAAACUGUAAGAAUGCUGUUGUAAGUGACUUGUCUGAAAAAGAAGCAUGGCCCUCAGUCCCUGGGAGUGAUCCAGAGUUGGCUUCAGAAUGUAUGGAUGCUGAUUCUGCUUCCAGUUCUGAAUCAGAGAGAAACAUCACUAUCAUGGCUUCAGGGAGCACAGGUGGUGAAAAAGAUGGCCUUCGGAAUAGCACUGGACUUGGUUCCCAAAACAAGUUUGUAGUUGGUAGCAGCAGCAAUAAUGUGGGCCAUGGAAGUAGUACUGGGCCAUGGGGUUUUUCCCAUGGAGCCAUAAUAAGCACAUGUCAGGUCUCUGUGGAUGCUCCUGAAAGCAAAUCUGAAAGUAGCAACAAUAGAAUGAAUGCUUGGGGCACUGUAAGUUCUUCAUCAAAUGGAGGGUUAAAUCCAAGCACUUUGAAUUCAGCUAGCAACCAUGGUGCCUGGCCAGUAUUAGAGAACAAUGGACUUGCCCUAAAAGGGCCUGUAGGGAGUGGUAGUUCUGGCAUCAAUAUUCAGUGCAGUACCAUAGGCCAGAUGCCUAACAAGCAGAGUAUUAACUCUAAAGUGAGUGGUUCUUCUACCCAUGGUACCUGGGGAAGCCUUCAGGAAACUUGUGAAUCUGAAGUAAGUGGUACACAGAAGGUUUCGUUCAGUGGUCAACCUCAAAAUAUUACCACUGAAAUGACUGGACCAAAUAACACUACUAACUUUAUGACCUCUAGUUUACCAAACUCUGGUUCCAUACAGAAUAAUGAACUGCCUAGUAGUACUACAGGGGCCUGGCGUGUGAGCACAAUGAAUCAUCCUCAGAUACAGGCUUCAUCAGUUAUAAAUGGCACUUCCCUUUCUCAUCUUAGCAAUGGAGAGUCAAAAAGUGGAGGCUCUUAUGGUACUACAUGGGGUGCCUAUGGUUCUAACUACUCUGGAGACAAAUGUUCAGGCCCUAAUGGCCAAGCUAAUGGUGACACUGUGAAUGCAACUCUAAUGCAGCCUGGUGUAAAUGGGCCUAUGGGCACUAACUUUCAAGUUAACACAAAUAAAGGAGGAGGUGUGUGGGAGUCUGGGGCAGCGAAUACCCAGAGUACAUCAUGGGGAAGUGGAAAUGGUGCAAGUUCUGGAGGGAGUCGAAGAGGAUGGGGAACCCCUGCACAAAACACUGGCACUAAUAUACCCAGCGAGUGGAACAAACUGCCUAGCAAUCAGCAUUCCAAUGACAGUGCAAAUGGUAAUGGUAAGAAGUUUACAAAUGGAUGGAAAUCUACUGAGGAAGAAGAUCAGGGUUCUGCCACUUCUCAGACAAAUGAGCAAAACAGUGUGUGGGCCAAAACAGGAGGUACAGUGGAGAGUGAUGGUAGUACAGAAAGCACUGGACGCCUUGAGGAAAAAGUAACUGGGGAAAGUCAGAGCAGAGAUAGAAGAAAAAUUGAUCAGCACACAUUACUCCAAAGCAUUGUAAACAGAACUGACUUAGAUCCACGUGUCCUAUCCAACUCUGGUUGGGGACAGACUCCUAUUAAGCAGAAUACUGCCUGGGAUACCGAAACAUCACCUAGAGGGGAGCGAAAGACUGACAAUGGAACCGAGGCCUGGGGAAGCUCUGCAACACAGACUUUUAACUCAGGGGCAUGUAUAGAUAAGACUAGCCCUAAUAGUAAUGAUACCUCAUCUGUAUCGGGGUGGGGCGAUCCCAAACCUCCUCUGAGGUGGGGAGAUUCCAAAGGCUCAAACUGCCAGGGGGGGUGGGAAGAUGAUUCUGCUGCUACAGGAAUGAUCAAGAGCAAUCAGUGGGGCAAUUGCAAAGAAGAAAAGUCUGCAUGGAAUGAUUCGCAAAAGAACAAACAGGGAUGGGGUGGGGGUGAUGGACAAAAGUCAAGCCAAGGUUGGUCUGUUUCUGCCAGUGAUAACUGGGGAGAAACUUCAAGGAGUAACCAUUGGGGUGAGGCUAAUAAGAAAUCCAGCUCAGGAGGCAGUGACAGUGACAGGUCUGUUUCUGGUUGGAACGAACUUGGUAAAACUAGUUCUUUUACUUGGGGAAAUAACAUAAAUCCAAAUAAUUCAUCAGGAUGGGAUGAAUCUUCUAAACCUAAUCCUUCCCAGGGAUGGGGAGACCCUCCAAAGUCUAAUCAGUCUCUAGGUUGGGGAGAUUCGUCAAAGCCAGUCAGUUCUCCAGACUGGAACAAGCAACAAGACAUUGUUGGAUCUUGGGGAAUCCCACCAGCUACCAGCAAACCUCCUGGUACAGGCUGGCUGGGAGGACCUAUACCAGCUCCAACAAAGGAAGAAGAACCUACAGGCUGGGAGGAACCAUCCCCAGAAUCUAUACGUCGCAAAAUGGAGAUUGAUGAUGGAACUUCAGCUUGGGGAGAUCCAAGCAAAUACAACUACAAAAAUGUGAACAUGUGGAACAAAAAUGUCCCAAAUGGCGGCAGCCGUUCAGACCAGCAAGCACAGGUACAUCAGCUGCUGCCAUCUACAAGUGCCAUCUCAAACAAAGAGGCAAGCAGUGGCUCGGGCUGGGGUGAGCCCUGGGGGGAGCCUUCUACUCCAGCCACAACUGUGGAUAAUGGUACUUCAGCAUGGGGUAAACCCAUAGACAGUGGUCCCAGCUGGGGGGAACCCAUUGCUGCGGCAUCCAACACAUCCACGUGGGGCUCCAGCUCUGUUGGUCCACAAGCAUUAAGCAAAUCUGGGCCAAAAUCUAUGCAAGAUGGCUGGUGUGGUGAUGAUAUGCCAUUGCCUGGAAAUCGCCCCACUGGCUGGGAAGAGGAAGAGGAUGUAGAAAUUGGAAUGUGGAAUAGUAAUUCAUCUCAAGAGCUUAACUCGUCUUUAAAUUGGCCACCAUAUACAAAGAAAAUGUCAUCAAAGGGUCUGAGUGGCAAAAAAAGGAGAAGGGAAAGGGGAAUGAUGAAAGGUGGAAACAAACAAGAAGAAGCAUGGAUAAAUCCUUUUGUUAAACAGUUUUCAAAUAUCAGUUUUUCGAGAGACUCACCCGAAGAAAAUGUACAGAGCAAUAAGAUGGACCUUUCUGGAGGAAUGUUACAAGACAAACGAAUGGAGAUAGAUAAACAUAGCCUAAAUAUUGGUGAUUACAAUCGUACAGUCGGGAAAGGCCCUGGUUCUCGGCCUCAGAUUUCCAAAGAGUCUUCCAUGGAGCGCAAUCCUUAUUUCGAUAAGGAUGGCAUUGUAGCAGAUGAAACCCAAAACAUGCAGUUUAUGUCCAGUCAAAGCAUGAAGCUUCCCCCUUCAAAUAGUGCACUACCUAACCAGGCCCUUGGCUCCAUAGCAGGGCUGGGUAUGCAAAACUUGAAUUCUGUUAGACAGAAUGGGAAUCCCAGUAUGUUUGGUGUUGGAAACACAGCAGCACAACCCCGGGGCAUGCAACAGCCUCCAGCACAACCUCUUAGUUCAUCUCAGCCUAAUCUCCGUGCUCAAGUGCCUCCUCCAUUACUCUCCCCUCAGGUUCCAGUUUCAUUGCUGAAGUAUGCACCAAACAACGGUGGCCUGAAUCCGCUCUUUGGCCCUCAACAGGUAGCCAUGCUGAACCAGCUAUCCCAACUAAACCAGCUUUCUCAGAUCUCCCAGUUACAGCGAUUGUUAGCGCAGCAGCAAAGGGCGCAGAGUCAGAGAAGCGUGCCUUCUGGUAACCGGCAGCAGCAAGACCAGCAGGGUCGACCUCUUAGUGUGCAGCAGCAGAUGAUGCAACAAUCUCGUCAACUUGAUCCAAACUUGUUGGUGAAGCAGCAGACUCCGCCAUCUCAGCAGCAGUCACUCCAUCAGCCAGCCAUGAAAUCUUUCCUUGACAAUGUCAUGCCCCACACUACACCUGAGCUGCAAAAAGGGCCAUCACCAAUAAAUGCUUUCAGCAACUUCCCUAUAGGCUUGAACUCAAACUUGAAUGUAAAUAUGGAUAUGAACAGUAUUAAAGAGCCACAGUCAAGACUAAGGAAGUGGACUACAGUGGACAGCAUUUCUGUGAACACAUCUUUGGAUCAAAACUCCAGCAAACAUGGUGCUAUUUCAAGUGGUUUCAGGCUGGAAGAGUCUCCAUUUGUUCCCUAUGACUUUAUGAACAGCAGUACUUCACCAGCCAGUCCUCCAGGUUCAAUAGGAGAUGGCUGGCCACGUGCCAAAUCGCCUAACGGCUCUAGCAGUGUUAAUUGGCCACCAGAAUUUCGCCCUGGUGAACCAUGGAAAGGUUAUCCAAACAUUGACCCCGAAACUGACCCUUACGUCACUCCUGGCAGUGUCAUAAACAAUCUUUCAAUUAAUACUGUGCGGGAAGUUGACCACCUCAGGGACAGGAACAGUGGGUCAUCCUCAUCCUUGAACACCACGCUGCCUUCAACUAGUGCCUGGUCAUCCAUUCGUGCCUCCAACUACAACGCUCCCCUCAGCAGCACAGCACAAAGCACUUCAGCCAGAAAUAGUGAUUCCAAAUUGACAUGGUCUCCUGGUUCAGUUACAAACACCUCUCUGGCUCAUGAGCUGUGGAAGGUCCCUUUGCCACCUAAAAACAUCACUGCUCCGUCCCGCCCACCUCCGGGACUGACUGGUCAGAAGCCACCCUUGUCUACGUGGGAUAAUUCUCCCCUUCGUGUAGGUGGAGGAUGGGGAAAUUCUGACGCCAGAUACACCCCAGGUUCCAGCUGGGGUGAGAGCAGCUCAGGGAGAAUAACAAAUUGGCUUGUCCUGAAAAACCUUACACCUCAGAUCGAUGGCUCAACUCUGCGUACUCUGUGCAUGCAGCAUGGCCCACUGAUAACAUUCCACCUGAACCUCCCACAUGGAAAUGCUUUGGUCCGUUACAGUUCAAAAGAAGAGGUAGUGAAGGCACAAAAGUCUCUGCACAUGUGUGUACUGGGGAACACUACUAUUCUUGCUGAGUUUGCCAGUGAAGAGGAGAUCAGUCGUUUCUUUGCACAAAGUCAGUCUCUGACCCCUUCUCCCGGCUGGCAGUCUCUUGGGUCCAGCCAGAGCCGGCUGGGCUCCCUCGACUGUUCCCACUCAUUCUCCAGCCGGACCGAUCUCAAUCACUGGAAUGGUGCUGGGCUGUCGGGAACUAACUGUGGAGACCUUCACGGCACUUCACUCUGGGGGACCCCACAUUAUUCCACAAGCCUAUGGGGUCCUCCAAGCAGCAGCGACCCCCGGGGAAUUAGCAGCCCAUCCCCCAUUAAUGCUUUUCUUUCUGUUGACCACCUGGGUGGGGGUGGAGAGUCCAUGUAACAUGUAGAUGGAGACUCACAAACUGUGACCUCAGACGUGAAAGAAGGAGCACUAAGUUGGGCUCGCCGCCUGCAGCCAGGGGCCACCUGUGGGAACAGCUAUUCUCUGCACAUUUUCCACUUUGUUUUCCCCAAAACAUAUCAGUUUGAAUACUUGAAUCAUGCAGGCCAAUAUUAUAAUGUGAAAAGGUAUCUAUCUAUUUACACUCCCAAAUAGCGCCAUACAUGCUAAACCGUAUAGAAUGAGCUCACUUGUGUAUAUUCAUCAUGUUUAGCCUUUGGAUUCUUUUAUUUUUUUCUCCCCCCACCCUGACAUAUAUUCCCCACCCCCGUUUUUUCUUUCUUUCUUUCUUUUUUUUUUUGCAAAACCAUUUUUUGGGCUGAUAAUGUAUGAGCUUUUACCUUUGCACUGAAUGAUGCUCUCUCCGUCUAAUCGGCAAUAUGGGGGGGGCAGCUGUUCCAGUGUAAAUGUUUACUCAAGGAUGUUCUUAAAAGGUGUGCGCUCUCUACUAUGCCUUGAUGUUGCCUACCUUAUUGUGGUAACGUGGAGUUUAAAAGAUCAAGUUAUGAUGCUGACUUAGGAUUAUUAAUGAAAGUAUUGCACCAGUUUUUUCAUGUUGUAAACUAAAGAAUUUCGCUCUGCAGUUUGAAAAACUGUGGCCACAGCUGUGACUUGCAGCCCACCUGCCACCCAGGACGGGCCCUGCACUUUGAAUAGGCUUCCCAUUUUGUUUUGAAGGUUCCCACGUUGAGCCUUCUUGUUUACAGAUUUUUUUUGUUUGUUUUUUGAGAAAAAAAAAUGUUUACUCUUCCAUCAUUUAAAAAAAAUUUAAAAGACAAAAAAAAUGGAGGAUGAUUUAAAAGAUGCUUUCUAUCUCUGGGAAAAAAGGAGCAGCAUUUGGCCAUGUUCUUUUGUUUUUCUAUUCCUGUCCUAAAUCAAAGAGCAUGGUUCUCAGGAAAACCAGUUCCCCAGUAAAAAAAAAAAAAAACAAAAAAACAAAAAAAAAAAACUCCUUGUAGUUUCUUAUAGGAAAAAAAGAAAAACCCCAACUUUAGCACUGAUACUCCGUAUUGCUCUGUUAAAGAAUUUUCUCUGCCAAAAAAAGAAAAAGAAAAGAAAAAACAAAAAAAAAAAAAUGCUUAAAGCUGGAGUUUGACAUUCUGCUUUCAGAUGCUGUCUUUUUAUUAGUGAGUGAUGAUGGUUUGCUAAUAAUCAAUAGGUAAUAAUUUUUGUAAUCCCAUCAAGUGGCUCUAUAUGUUUCUGCUCUCUUGUGACUGUGUUAAUGUUUAACUGUUGUACCUUAAAGCCGAAAUCAGUAACUAUGCAUACUGUAACCAAGGUAUUGGGCUUACAGAGUUGUUUGUUGUAUAAAGAAAAUUUUAAAUGUUGUUGCAAACUAACGAGUUAUACACCAUUUUUAAAUUUUUUUCCUUCCCCCACUUUUUUGCCCACAAAUGGUAUUAUAAUGCUUGCUUAGUCAAAGAAGAGAGACUAAACAAGGGUAAAAAUUUCUAACAGUACAGAAUUUGCCAUCAUUUCAUUGCCUUGAUUCUGUUUGUGUCCUAAGAUGCAGAAGAAGUCAGUGGCUUUUAACUGUUUACAAAUAGAAUGUGAUUGUAAAAUGUACAGUUUGGUUGUGUUUGAAUUAUGAAAUUUCUUCAGAUAUAAUAAACCAUGACUUUUUGGCUGCUCAACAUUAAUUGUCUCUUUUUUGUGAAUUUAUUUGUAGGCUCUUUUUUAUAAUGAAAGUUUCAAAGUUGCUAUGUAUGAGGGUUCUCAUAGAGCAACCAAUUAAAAAUCUAAGCAAAUAUUUGAACAUUUUAUCUGAACUUCUCCACAAUUUCGCCCUGAAAUAAUGUGAGAACAAUGGGAAACUGUAGCUUGCUCCUUCCUGCCCUCUUUGAGCAUCUUUGGGAUCUUGUUGCUCAAAACUCUUCUGUGACUUCAUCUUCCCCACCAUUUGUGCCCAUCUCAAGCCUCAGCAAGAGACCAUUUGGAACAUGAAGCUUAAUGACUUGACAAUGUACUAGUGUUAAACUCUCAUACCUCUGUUACAAAACGAAAAAUGCCGCAGCCUGGACUGGCCUUUUCUUCCCCCCUUCACGGCCCUUACUCCUCACUGCAGGAGCUCAGGGCAGAACCUGUGUAUGUAUUUCAGUGUGUGAAUUCAAAUCAUGCUCCAACUUGCCAGGUGUAAGCUAAUGUUGUUGAACACCUUAAUAUAAGCAAAUUGUUGUUCAAUGCGUUCAAUGUAUAUUGACUUCCAUACUGGUUUUUCCAAAAACCAAAGGUAGCUUUGAAAAACCAUGUCUGGAAAUGUUCAGAAAGUUAAGCUGAUUGACCUUUUGGGGCUUUGAGUAGUAUAUAAUUGACAUCAUAACUGCGUUAAUUGUAUUGUUAAAGUGUUUGGGAGUUUUUUGCGCUUGUUAUGUGGAAAUAAAGUGUUUGAUUUUAAAAUUGUU